CGGCUGCCGUCGGAGAGGUGGCCCCCAUCAACAACACAAAACUGUCAGAGACAACUUCUGCUUUCACUGCGGUGCACUGAUUUGAUUAUGUACAACUUAUAUAAUCCAUAGCUCGGUGUUUCAGUGCUACACACAGUUAUUCAGAGGUGCCGCGUCACAAAUCUCCUGGCAGUUGGUGUUAUACAAAGCACUUGGAGCCAGAUGAACCAACGAGGUGUUAAAACAGGAAAGAGGAUUCCUUUUGUUCCUGCAAACUGAUUUAUUGUUGGGAGUGAACAGAAGACAAGAGCGUUGUAAAAAUGUUGAUAAAGAUGCCAUCACUAUCCUGUGGAAGGGAGAGUCUGAAGUGAUGGAGAACAGAGAGGAAAGCCCUGCAGAUGAGCGGGCCCCCACACCCCCAGAGCGAGGACUGCUCUACAUCUGGCAGUCAGCGGGCCCCAGUGCGCAGCUCUGUCCAGAGAGAGUGCUGCUGUCCAGGCCUGUCCUUCAGGCCAGCCUGGGAGAACACCAUGGGCUCCUGCUGACACAGGGUGGACAGGUCUAUUCCUUCGGAGAGCUGUCGUGGAGGGAUUUGAGCAUCCCGGUGUCUGCUCCGUUGCUGGAGGUCUCUCUGCUGGGGAGGACGGUGGUCCGUGUGGCCGCUGGUGGUUUCCACUGCGGAGCGCUAAGCGAGCAGGGCAACGUCUACAUGUGGGGGGAGAACACUGCAGGACAGUGUGGGCUGACUGAGAGGGGCACAGACACAAGCAUCACAGUUCCAGAGCCUUGCCCGGUCAGUGUGGUGGACAGUGACGUCGUUCCUCCAGCAGUGGUUCGGGUCGUGGAUCUGGCUUUUGGACGGGAGCACAGCCUGGCUCUGUCGGCCCAGAACGAGCUGUGGGCGUGGGGGAGCGGCUGCCAACUCGGCCUGGUCACCAACACCUUUCCUGUGUGGAGACCACAGAAGGUGGAGCACUUGGCAGGCAGACAUGUCAUUCAGGUGGCUUGUGGUGCCUACCACAGCCUGGCCCUGGUUCGCAGUUUACCUCAACAGACUACCCAGAAUCCUUCUGAGAAGAGGCAGAGGGGUCAGUCACCUCACCAUUCAGUCACAGAAAGGGAGGAGCCGUUUGCAGCUGAUACCGGUCACUACUGUCCGCUGGGGGUGGAGCUGGAGACCUCUCCAAGAAGAAGAGACCCCAGUCGAAGGUUCCAACCUGGGGAAAGAUCAGCUGGUAGCAGCACUGGCUCUGCAGCUGGUUUAUGUCCAUUUUCUGAAGAUGUCAAUUCUAACACUAAACAGACGAUUCUUCCAGUUGGGCACAUUCCCCCCCUCAAUGAAGGAGACGGCGGCCCCAAGUCUCACCCACUGCCAGGCUGGAGAGCCAAUACGAACCCUGCUUUUCCUGAAGAAGCAGAGCUUCAGAACCUCCUCCGGAAACUCUCUAGUCACUCACUGGAGAUGCGCCACACCACCGGGCCGGGAGAUACCGACUCACUGAGCAGUUUCACUUCAGAUGACAGCUGUGUUUCCUCAACUCCUUCCACCGAUCUGUUGACUUCCAGUUACAAAGAAGAUUCACCAAUUAAGAGUCAAACCAACAAUGGAGUGGCUGUGCCGUACUCCUCCUCUCCUGUGUGUUUGGAAGAAGUUCGGCUUUGUCUGGAGGCGGAGAAGAAGGCGCUGCAGGGAGCAAAGAGCACCAGUCUCACAAAUAUCAAUCAGAAGGGCAAAGCAGCAGCAAAUAGGAGACGCUCUCUGCCAGGAACACCCACCCGUGGGUCUCCACGGCGGCGGCAUCCGUGUGCCUGCAAGUCGUCCUCCUCGUGUCGGACCCGGGCUGCAGCACCGGAGGAGGCUGGAGAAGGGCUGCCGUCUCUAGAGACAGAAGUGUGGAGCUGGGGCCGCGGGUCUGAGGGACAACUGGGACAUGGAGAUCAGCUCGCCAGACUUCAGCCUCUGUGCAUCAAGUGUUUGACAGGCGAGGAAGUGAUCAAAGUCGCCGCAGGGUCACACCAUUCACUGGCUCUCACAGCUCACUGCCAGGUGUACACAUGGGGCAGCAACAUGUGUGGACAGCUCGGCCAUGUCAACAGUCCUGUCACUGUACCUCAACAGACAAAGCUGUCUGAUGGUCUUCGGGUUUGGGACGUGUCAGCCGGUCAGAGCCACUCCCUCCUCCUGGCUGAUGGAGACUGUGUCCAGCCGGUCCUGUUGUACUGCGGCCCGCAGCAAGAGCCCAAGUCAACGCAGAGGAAAAGGUCACACAGGUCUCAACGGUCCCCCAGCAGAGCAGAGAGCUAUACAGUCAGACCAAACCUGCUGCCCUUCUGCAUGGAGAUGGAUUACAUUAGCCGUGUUUGCAGCGGUGGUCAGAGCUGUGCGGCGUUGGCGGACCAGAACGUCAUGGGUUUUAUCUCCGCUAUCCAUGAGCUGGCCUCCAGAGAGAGACAGUUUUACUGCUGGUUGAGCAGCGUCAGGAAGCUCCUCCUCACACCGCUACAGAACAGGGAGAGCGUGUGUCCGUCGUUGGGGGAGCCGUGCAUUAAUCCCUUCUUCUCUCUCUGUGAGAGUUUCGUUCAUCUGAGCUUCCUGGUCGGUCGACACUCCACGUCACUCAGCUACUUCCUGUAUGAUGUGCAGGGUUGUGAUGUCACUUCCCUUCCCCUGCUGACGCACACUGAGCACUUUCUGGACAUUUAUAAAGAGUAUUGUUCUUCAGUCGGUAACUUCCAGGUGAUGGGUGGAUUCCGAUCACUCCAUAAACUCUCACUUGAGUGUUUAGGCUCUCAGCAGACCGUGCUCGCUCAGCUGUGUGUAUCAGACCAGUCCGUCAGUGGUAAUGUUGACCUGGUUUCCUUGUUUUACUGGCCUCUGCAGCAGCUCCACCAGCACAGCCGAGUCUUGCUCAAACUGGCAGCCUGUUACGAUGUGUUAACGACAGAGUAUCAGUCCCUCUAUCAGGGCGGCAUUCAGUAUGACUCCCUGUCUUCGUCCCUGUUGAGGAGGAAGAAGGAGGCUGAAACCACCUUCCUCUUCUGGAGCACCCACUCUGGGAAAACUACCGAGGUCCUGCGUCUCCCGCAGCGUCGUGUGCUGUGUGAAAGCAGCAACAGAUCGCUGACUCUGCAGAACGCCGGGCGGUUCUCCAACCACUGGUUCAUACUGUUCAAUGACACACUGGUGCACACACAGGGUGCCAUUCCCUCGCAGAGCAUCUUCUCCACACAUCACAUCUACCCUCUGAGCUGUCUGUGGGUGAAACCACUGACUGAAGACAGCAGCGGACUCUAUGCCAUCAAAAUAACAUGUCCGGAGGAGAGUUUCACCCUGGUGGCCUCUACACCACAAGAGAAGAACAAGUGGCUACUGUCACUUAACCAGGCGGUGGAUCAGGUGCUGGGCGGUGCAGGUCAGGGGUCGUCGCCGGGGUUGGCGGCAAUGUCUCGCACGGCCUCCUACUUGUUCACUGGAGAGGGCCGCUUUAAAGACGGCCAGUACACCGGGGGCUGGCUGGCAGGACGAGUUCACGGCAGAGGCACCAUGAAGUGGCCAGAUGGACGGACCUACAGCGGGAACUUUAAGAAUGGACAGGAGGAUGGCUAUGGAGAGAGUAUCAUGCCUGACAAAGUGCUGAAUAAGCCAGACAGCUACCAAGGACACUGGAGAGAUGGCAAGAUCCAUGGUUUCGGCAAGUACAAGUAUGCCAGUGGCGAGGUGUACGAGGGCUGCUUCUGUGACGGGCAGAGGCACGGGUAUGGCAUGCUGAGCUCCGGUAAGAUGGCCAAAAAGUCUUCCAGCGUCUUCAUCGGCCAGUGGGUCCAUGACAAGAAGACGGGAUACGGAGUCUACGAUGACAUCACCAGAGGUGAGAAGUACAUGGGACUGUGGUCGGACGAGCAGCGGCAUGGCAGCGCUGUGGUCGUCACCCAGUGCGGUUUGUACUACGAAGGGAUCUUCAGAGACAACAAGAUGUGUGGCCCAGGUCUGUUGGUGUCAGAUGAUGACACAGCUUUACAAGGGGAGUUUUCUGAGGACUGGACUGUCAACGGGAAGGGUGUUUUGUCCCUGGCUAACGGGGACUGCUUGGAGGGCCUGUUUAGUGGAGAGUGGACGACAGGGCUGAAAGUAGAUGGAACGUACCUCAAACCAUCUGCAGAUGAACCGGAAAACAAAGAGAGAAACGGCCUGCUCCGGAUGGGUCAGUACGCGGUGCCUGCAGGCCAGAGGUGGCUCUGCGUGUUUGAUGAGUGUUGGAGUCGACUGGGCUGUGACUCUGCUGGGAGAGGAGAGAGGACUGCAGCCUGGGACAACAUUGCUGUGACUAUAACAACUGCAAGGCGACAAAGCCCAGAUCUCACUCGGUCUCAGAGUAAAGCUUUGGAGUGUUUGGAGUUUAUUCCUCACCAUGGAGAACCGGUGACCACUGCAAACUACGACAACAUACGAAGAUACCUCAUCAAGGCGUGUGAGACCCCUCACCACCCUCUGGGCUGGCUGGUGGAGACAUUGGUGACGGUCUACAGGAUGACUUACGUCGGUGUGGGAUCCAACCGCCGGCUGCUCAGGCUGGCCGUCCGGGAGCUUCUGGCCUACCUCAUUCAUUUCUACAGCAUCGUCAGGUUUCUCUUUCCAGGGCUACCAGAUGAUGGCAGCAUCAUCCCAGACCCGCCUGCCUCUUCAUCUAACAGCAAACAGAACGCUAACAUAGCAGAGCAAGGCGGCGUUUUGGUGGUGAGCUGCUCCUCCCUGCUCCUCCCUCAGCUGCUCCCUCGACUCUACCCUCCUCUCUUCACCCUGUACUGCCUGCAGGAGGAGCAGGAGGAGGUCCAGUACUGGGAGCGCAUCCUCCGACUCAACAAACAGCCCGACUGGUCGCUGCUCAGCUUCCUGGGAGUGCGGGAGAAGUUCUGGCCGGUGUGGGUGUCAAUACUGGGAGAGGAAAUGCAGAUUGUGUCCAGCAGUACAGAUGCCUGCUUUGUUUCUGCUGUAGAGACACUCCAACAAAUCAGCACCACCUUCACUCCGUCAGACAAACUCCUCGUCAUCCAGAAGACGUUUGAGGAAUUGACCCAGGAAGUAAAACCUAUGAUGGAUGACAACUUCCUGUGGUGCAUGGACGACCUGCUCCCUCUCUUCAUCUAUGUGGUGCUGAGAGCAAGGAUCAGGAACCUGGGAUCCGAGGUCAGUCUGAUAGACGAUUUAAUGGAUCCCAACAUUCAGCACGGAGAGAUGGGACUGAUGUUCACCACACUGAAGGCCUGCUACAUGCAGAUCCUGCAGGAGUCUGCUAUGUAGGAGCAGAGAGGACGACACCAGGCACUGCACAGUGCUUCACACAAAGGAACUGCCAGAUCAAAACCAGUCAAACCACCUGGAUCCUACUGGAGGCCACUGGGAAGCUGCACAGACAGGUGGAGGGGGGGAGGGGGCGUGGCGUGGCGUGGCGUGACUCCUUCUGUCAAACAGGGAAAUGAUGUCUGACACCUCGUUCACUGUUGAUCCUCUCAGUAUGUUACACCGCACCAAAUUUCUUUCUUUUGUAUAUUAAGUUUUCAUAGGAAAGUAACACAUCGCCUUCUUCUGUUAGAAAAGUGCUUUAUUAUCCUCAUAACAUUUGGUAAGAUGUCACUGUAGAUCUUUUCAGUAAUAUUCUUUAUUAAUGCAUCAGCUCAGUUUUCAUUUCUAAACUCAACGAUAGUCAUCAAAGGUAUUCAAUGAAAUCACAGUGCUGACAACGUUCUAGUGAAGGUGUAACGGCAUAUAGAAUUUAUAAUAAUAUAUUAAACAUAUAUUGACGUCCCUGUCAGUUGUUGCACUUUAUAAUACUCAAAGAUAAGUGACCAGAUCAGAUUAAAGUGAACAUAAGUUAAUAAAUAUGAAAUAACAAUGUAGAUAUUGUUGUAAUGGCCAGGAAACCCGCAAAGGGAACUUGAAGGUUUAAAAGUAUUUUCUGUCUUUUUACAUGCUUUAAUGUAACAGUAGGUCUCAACCACACUAAAUGCACUGUUGAAAAUAUACAAAUGUAAUGAAGCCUACAGUAUCAAUACUGCAUACAGUAGAAAAUGAGCAGUCGAGACUGCUGGUUGUCAAAAAAAUUGCAAUUUUCUUGCAUUUGAGCAUGUUCUUAGCACUCGUAUUAGUGUGAGCACUUCUCCCAGAGCAACAUCAGGAGGCACAGAUGGAGUUAACAGCAGGUCUUUACUGUCUGUGUGGAAUCAAAACCAUCAGUUUGAGGCACUGAAUGCAUCAACUGAGGUUUGAUAUUUCUUCCUCCGAAGCCAAACCAAAAUCGCCAGAUCAGAAAGCUUAAUUUCUCAUUUGAAAGUAUGUUCCUGCAAACGUAAAUGAGUCUUUACUUUGCAUAUAAAUCAAACAGGCUACAUUUCAGUGACAUCCCCUCUCACUCCCCUAACUAAUGUAGACCCUUUUACAUCUUUUUGAAAGCAGGAGAGGUUGUUCAAAACAUUACACGAAACAGUUUAAAUCAUUUUUAUUUAUGAAUCUUUUGGCCCUGGUUCUCUCCUGUAAUGUAAACCUAACCCCGUGCGUGCGCCUGCAUGUUGAAACUUACCGUGAAGCGGUUUGUCUCAGGUCUGAACUUCUGAUAUUCACAACUAGUAAUAAACAGUAAGCUGACCAGUAGGACGGUAACAUGUCACUACAGAGGAAAAUGUUCUUUUUACUUUACUUGAUAUAACUAAUGAGGGAACACUGAAUAGAGCAUGAAGGAAAGGCUCAUUCCUCGGUUGGUAUUUCAUUCAGUUUGUUGUUUUGGAGUGUGUGAACGAGCGUGUGUGAACAAGUCUGACGAGGAACAUUUUAAAUGUUGCACUGACUACUUCAGUUCAGCCAACAGGAAGGAGAUUAUACUCACGUUGUCACUCAAUCGUUGCCUUAAAGACAUAUAUCAAUUCCAGGAUUUCUCCAUCAAAGUCUUUGUUCUCGGUCCUGUUAGCUUGUGUGCAGGAUUUGUCGAAAACCGGUCUGCAGAUUUCAGUGAAAUUUGGUGGAAGGUUGACCCCCCCCCCAAAAAAAAGUGACUACUUGAGAGAGGUUUUAAACAUUCACUCUUUUGCAAUGAACUACUGCACUUCCUUCAAUGAAAGAAUGUGGCAUAUGUAUGCCAUGAUUGUCUGUCACUGCGUGUGUUUUAAUGCAGCUAAUUAACAAGACUACAGAAGAAUAUCACGGUACUUCUUUUCUUCUGUUUUUUUGAUCCUUUGAACACAUCUGUAUGGGUUGUAAAUUACUGUAUUUUCAGAUCUUUCUGGCACGACACCCAGUUUCAGCCCCCAGAAUUGUCCCGACCUCAGCAGUUGUCACAUUUGUUUGAGUACAAAAUUCUUUUUUUUUUUUUUUUUAAAGAACCCGGGAGCCUCAAAUCACUUUCAGAGGGGUUUUCCUACAUGUAUUUAUUAUUAGAAGCAAUCUAAAUUAUUUAUUAGAGAUAUAUUAAAAGUAUAAAUCCUAUAUCAGAACAUCUACCACAACCCUGUGUGGCUAUUAAGUAUCUCUGUGGAGUCAAACAUUUAGAUGAAAAGAAAAAGCAGAAAAUCCCCUGAGAACUGUUGAUGUUUUAAAUCAUGUUACUGACUGUUGAUGACCUGAGCUUGUUUUUAAAUUGUCAGGAAUAAAACUGCAGAAAGUUUACAUUAAGCUGCAGAAUACAACAAAAACAACUUGCCAAUAUUACAGAAAAGCAGCUGUUGGAUUCAAAAUAUUUUUUCCGGCGUUACUGAAAUGUGUUUGUACUGUAUUUAUCGUCACUUAAGUUUUUGCGGCAUGUAGACAUGUACAGUAUGUGUUGGGACAGGUUUCUUUGUUUAUUGUCUAUUGAAACACCUUUAAUAGCAGAUUAGUUUAAUACAGAAGUAACAACUAAGGAUGGAUGAGAUGAAAGCAUUCAGCUGGCCUCCACUGACACCAGGUCAAAGGACAGUACAGAUGUUUUAGCCCAGUAUCAACAAAUUAGCUGCACUUUUAGUUCAGUUCAUUUUUUUUGUUCUGAUUUCUAAAAUGGCCAGAGGUAAUAUAAAAGCGCACAUAGUUUCUAGUUCUUUUGGGCUCAAACAUGUAAAACAUGUCAGGGUCUUCUAUAGAAAUAUGAGGCUACAACAUGAUUGAAUUUAUGACUUUGAGUUUAUUAUUUUUGUAACUAAGCGUAUAUUUUUGUAACUUGCAUUUAUAGCGAGAUGAUCGGGGGAACUGAUUGCAGAAUGUUAGUUUUGAGAGAUGAAUGCAGUGACAUAGGAAAUGAAAAAUGUGUUUUACUCAGAAAGGGGCAAUAAAUUUGGUUUAAAUCUGGAAAUGUCUCCUGAUUAUUUAUUUUAUUUGUAUUCCUUCUUAGUUUGAUCUAUUUAUUGAUAGGUGUAUAUUCAUUUGCUGACUGAAUAUACCCUAAAUGUCUCCAUAGAUAUAGCACUAACAUGAUUACAAAUAAUCCCUUUGUGUCAGUAUUUAUAGAGGCUUGUUUAAUAUGUUAGCGGUAACUCGGGGCCUUGCUACCACUGAGCUACAUCCUCUUCAUACAAGGGUUAAUUAGUUGUGUAUUGU